UGAUGGCCUUCUUGAAUUAUGAGAACAAGAAAGGAAGUGGUAAGAAACUAAAAGUGCAUUUUGAUCUUCCUGAGGAUGAUGAUUUUCCCAAUCACAGGCAUUCAAGUUCUUCAGUUUCAUCUGAAUCCUCAUUAGAUUCAGAUGAUACUGACAAUGACAAUAGCAUAAACAAUGUUGAUUCCAAGUACGGUUUGUACGGCUCGCCUGUAUGGAGCUUUCAAGGAGGGUCAGUAACUCAAUCUCCUCCAGUUCAGUUUAUGAAUUCUCCUGGCUAUGAUCCAAACAGAAUCCCCUCUUCUGUAUUCAAUAAACCUACAAGUCCUAUGGAAUGGAGUGUAGCCUCAAAUGAAUCACUAUUCAGCAUACAAUUAGGAAACAGCAGUUUCUCAAGGGAUUAUGCUUUUGCAUUCAACAACAAAUCUGGGGAAUUGCCUAGGACUAGUGAUUUGCCCAACAUGCCCGCAACAUUGCCAUCUGUUCAAGAGGUACCUGCUAAAGAAAAAAAUGUGGACAUGGAGAGACAGUCUGUGUCAUCAGAUUCAUCAAGUGAAACCGCAGAUUCGAUUAGGGGGCAUGACCAUGACAAAACAUCACAUGAAUCAGCAGGUUCAGUUGUUGACCUCAAGAAAACAGAAAAUUCAGAAGAAAUUGGCACUGAUGAAGUAGUGUUGGACAAAUAUCCAGAUGAUCAUUCUAAAGAAGCAAAGAUCCCUAAUGGGGAAGCCAAGAACUAUGCAAGUGUUUCAUACCGUUCGGUGGAAAGCAAUAUGAGCACACGUUCGUUUCAAUUUCCUAUACUAGUUCUUCCAAUUUCUGAAGAGCUUGCUAAUGACUCAUACUAUCCAGCAGUAAUCACUAACAACGUGUUGAGAUUGGCAUUGACAGCAGAAGGAGGAAGAACUAGUUCGUCAACAGUAGAGUCAGAAAAGCAGGAGCAGCAGCCAGAGAAGCCACAGCAGCCUCCUAGUCCUAAAACAGAAAAAGCACCAAAGAAAAGUGGUAAAAGUUGGUGUUUCUGCUUCUCUUGUUCACCAUGUUUCUAA